AUGUAUCGCGCUUGUCUAAAUGAAGAGCUACACCAGAAAGGCAUAAAAAUGAGUGGUGGUGGCCAAGGACUUAGUCGAAUAGCGAAAGAGCUUUGGGCUAAUGAACUUGGAGAUCGAAAAAUACAUUAUAAACAAAUGUCUAAAAAGUUGAAAGAGUUGCUUGAAUCGCAAAAAUCUAGCUCACAAAUUGUUCAACAAGAAAGUUUUUCUUCGGGCUUAAACGCAGAGCCGAAAUUUAUUUCUUCAAAUUUGACGAGCCCUUCAAACCUCCCUUCACAAAUGACGAAUCCUCGCAACCAAAUUCCUUUUAAAUUUCCGACAAAUCCACAAUUAAUAAAAUUGACGGAUCCUAUAAACUCUUCAAAUUCUCACAACCAAAUUUUUUUUGAACAUGCAAUAAAUUUUCAAUACAUAAAUGUUACGGAUCCUUCACAUUCUUUUUCACAUUCGACAAAUGCUUACAACCAAUUUCCUUUUGAACAUGCGACAAAUCUGACGGUUGCUCCAAACUCUCCUUCACAUUUGACAAAUGAUUACAACCAAUAUCCUUUUGGAUAUGCGACAAAUUUUACAAAUUUUCAAUCAAUAGAUUCAAACUCUUUUUCUGAAUAUAUAACGGAUUCUCAAUUAGUAAUCCCUUCCAUUAAUGAAAAAUGA